AUGGACGAUUUCCCUUUUGCUGUACCAACAACAAAAGAAGAACACUUCAACUAUAUGAGGGAUGGGAUGCUGGAAAGAUGGGAUGAAUGGUUGGCGAUUGCAUUCUGCCGCAUACUACGACGUUUUGUGGUGUUGGAGCGUAUGACAGAAGAGGGCGAGAUCUUCGUUAAUUUUUAUCCAAUACACAUGUCUUUUGUUGAGGAGACGGGUUCUUGUUAUACACUUAAGAAUACUUACCGGAUGUACAAGGUGCUUAUGGAAAGGUUCAAGACAUUUCAGUGGUUGUUGGAUCAGUCGGGUGUAUAUCACGAUCCAUUCGAUUUUACCAUUCACGUCCCAUUUCUGGUCAAAAAACUGGCACUUAAGUACGUUUUGAAUGUACCUGAGCCGAGGUGGGACUAUCUGAAGCCAUAUUCGAACCAUUGGGGACACUGGCGAAGUACCCAGGCGAAGAGCUUAACAAGACACCUAGAGACUUCCCAUCUCUGUGCCAUCUAUUCGGGGAAUACAUGA